AUGACCUUAGCUUUUGAUGAGGAGGGCGAGGAGAUGCAAGUUGAUGCUGAGCCGGACCUAGGGCACAAGAUGUUAACCCCAUUCAUCAUCAAGGCCACUGUGACUUUGGUCAACCACCACAAAGUGGUGCUGACCAAUCCGGAGAAGCAUGCCCAGUCGACCUUGUCUGAAGCCGUGGAUCACAUGACGGACGUCCUGCGCCACUCCUUGCGAGAGGAGAAGAAUCGCAUGAUCGCCGCCAAGCGGAAGGAAAAGGAGCAGGCCCUCCCCGACGACAUGGACGGAAUGUUGGACGAUGACUUCAACUUGGCUAUGUCAAACGCCCUAGCCGAGGCCAGUCCUGAGGAGGAAGCGAUGAUAGAGGCACUCUAUGAGCGCAUUGAGGGUUCACGAGGCCUGGAGGCCUAA